GCGCAGCUGGAGCUGCGGGUGGGGGCUGAGCCCGCGGCAGCACCGUGCGCUGCUGCCGCCAUGGAGCUGCUCCAGGUGCUGCUGGCUGCCGCUCUGCUCCCGCUCCURCCCCCUGGCAGCGCAGCUGAGCCCCUGCCCACCCUGACCCCGCCGCUGAGCAUGGUGCUGGCUGGGCAGCGCCGGCAGCUGGUGGUAUGUGUGGUGAGCGACCUGGCCCCCAGCUCUGGCCAUGCUGUGUGGAUCGCCACUGGGAAUGGCAGCAUCCUGCAGUCCUUUGCCUAUGGAGCCUCCCAGGAGGAUGGUGGCACCGUCUGCUCCGUCUCUCUCCUUUCCAGUGACCCCCUGCGCGAGAGGGAGCUUGCCUGCCAUGUCGGGGCCAACAGGACCUCCCCGUCCCACAGCUCCAGCCCCAUCCACAUCACAGGCAAUGAGGAAGCGGCAGAGCUGUGUAGCACAGCUGUGUCACCGACCUAUGCCUUGGCAGUCCUGCUUAUGGCCAUCCGUGUGGUGUUGCUGAAGGUCUUGCUCUCUGAUGCUGUCUUCACCUCCAUCCUCCUUGCCCAGAGCUGAGGGCAUGGGCAAAUGCCCAUGGCCAAAGGGCAGUCCAGGCUAGGUCAUGACGGACAUUUGCUGUCUGCUGCGUUUUCCUCUGUCUUUGCCGUGCAGGCUUGUGGGGAUCUCGACAACAGAGGAAAUAAAUAGGGAGCUCUUUACRAAGCUUUCCCUGCCGGGGAAGCAGCUCUGGAGACACUGAUGUCCGAUCUCUGGUGUGGCACCAGUGUAACCUCAGAGAAGCGUCAGAGCAAACACUGACCGCACUCCGCUCCUCUUCCUGGCCAGGCUUGGAACCUCUGGCAGUGAACAGCAAAAGUUGUAGGAAGCGUUUGGAUAACUGGACUCAGCAGUGAGCCCUCCUGGCAUGUGUGGGGACAUUGCAGCAGAUGUGGUGUGGAGUGGGACAUCCUUGAGCCCUGAUUUCCAAGGGGCUGCAGGAAGGAACGAUCAUCCCACUGGAGAAAUGGCCACAGUCACCUCCAGCCCCUGGUGCCGGCAGAGAAAGGAUCAUGCAGGAGGUGUGCACAGGGCUUCUCAACAUGUGCAUGGGAGCUCCAGAGAAGCCACUUCACUCUGUUCCUGCCUGAGGCAUCUCUCCACUCACAAAAUUGCCUGGGAGAAGACAGUGGCUCACUGCUGUCAGAYUGUUCCUGCUUCUAAUGUGGAGCUCAAAGAAGAUGUGGCUCCUGACAGAAAGGAGCCCGUGGCACAGGACAAAGCUUUCUCCAGCCUCCUGAGACCCUGUCUUUGGGAGAGGAAUGGCCACACCAUGCCUGGCUUCCAUCCCUCCACACUCCCACUUGUAAACCCCUGAGAUAUCUCUCCUGCUCUGUUUCUAUAGCUCUGUUGGGCUCUUUUUUGCAGAAGAAAUAAAGCAUUUUUUUUUUUUAGUUUUAUAAAAGUAACC